CAUCAAAUCGAGACAUCAUGGAGUCCGAGGAAAUAACAAAAAUGGUCGAUGGUGUUUAUAAGAACAUCUUGGAGAAAUUCAAUCCUGGCGCCCGACAAUUAAUCACCGCUGGCAAAGGUUAUCUAAAAUCAUUACAUGGUGCUGCAACAUCAGCGCGCGUAUUCAAUGAAGCUUUAGCGAAAAUUGCCAUGAAUGCUCAACACAGUGGAACUGGAGAUAUAGGUGCGGCUCUGCUCAGCGUUGUCAGUGUCUACAAAGAAAUCCAAGAACAGCAAAUGAACAUUCUCAAAGCCUUUUAUGUGGAUCUAUUAGUGCCAUUAGAAACCAAUUUGGAAAAGGAUACAAAAGUCGUCCAACACGAACAGAAGAAAUUUCUGCAACAGCACAAGGUGCGCAUGGAAUCGUUCCAGAAGGCCGUCACCACGAUGAAGAAACAGCGCAAGAAAAAAGCUAGUCCCGAAAAUACGGAAAAGGAAUUGAGGUCCUUACAAAUCUUGGAAGAUCAAAAGAAAAAAUUGGAUGCAUUCUGUGAACAAAGCUAUAAAAACGCCAUGACUCAAGAACGUCGUCGUUAUGGUUUCGUUUUGGAACGUCAGUGUUCAAUAGCCAAACACUGGAUGGCCUACCACAGCACCGGCAAACAAGUAAUUGAUAAUCAUUUGGAAAAUUGGCAAGAUAUUGCAGCAUCACGCGAGGUAUUGCCCAGCACGGUGUACGAUGGUAAUUCGCUGCUUGUGGGUAAUAAAAGAUUGGAACGUCUUAAGGAUUCCGAAGAUUCCCAUGCCAAUGGUUCAUCAUCGAAUCUGUUGAAGAAAUCACGCAGUGUUGAUGCUCCGUUUGGCGAUAUGCGCAGUCUGCAUGAAUCGCAUAUACCGUUUACACAGAACUCUUUGCCACGUGCCAAAUCCGAUUUCAAUUUGAAUAGUUCGGCAAAUUCGAAUGGCAUUAGUUCGAAUAUGCAAGGAAAUGAUCACACCGACAAUGGCCACUGGGAUCAACGCACUGUGGUGAAGGCCCUUUAUGCUUAUAUGCCCUCGGGCGAGAAUCAAUUGCCCUUCGAGGAAGGCGAUCGCAUUGCCUUGGUGGGUAGCAAAGCCAAAGGUUGGCAAUUCGGUGAGAAUUUACGUACACAAAUGUUCGGUUGGUUCCCGAUAGCCUACACCAAUGCCGAACUGAUGUUGGAGAACAAAAUGAAAAUGGAUAGGGAUCGGGAUCAGCACAGUGGUCGCAGCGAACGUUUUGAAAAUAUGCACUAUGAACGUCAUGGUGGCGGUGGAAAUGGCGCCCAAUCUAUGCGUAACAGCUAUCAUGAAUCAUAUGCUAUGGAUUCACAACAGGAAAUGGAUAGUGAUGCCACAUAUCGUAGACCGGAAAGGGCUGAGGAAUCAUCGCCGACUCGUAUGUUCGGUGACACAUAUAGGAAUCAGAAGAAGUAUCGUCCCUCGGCAUCUGGCAACCCCCGACCUGGACCACCACCCACAUUGCCAGCCCCAGUACCCUCCGCCUCGAAUGGCGGCCGCAUGUUAAAUUCAUCUCAAAGUUUUUGUGCUCCCAAUGGCAGUCAAAUGGCCAUUGAAAGACGCAAACAAAAAUUACAAAAUGGCAGCCAAAUGAAUCAUCAAUCUUCUAUGAAUCAAAUGAAACCAGCGGCUGCUGCCAAAACUUCAUUGCACAGCAGUAAUGACAGUGGCUUUGCCAACGAGCCACCACCACAACCGGAAGUGGAUUAUUCCGAUGAUGAUCAGCCAACUAGUCGGGUACCCAUACGACGUCGUGCCGACACAAAUUCCCAUAUGUCGACAAAUCGUGAAGUGGCCUCCUGGACCUUGAAUCGCAAUUUCCGUAGCAGCAUUGACAGUCAAAUCGAUGAUCGUAGCUUGAAGACCCUGAAUCGGAAUUCAAUGGGUAAAAUGCGUUAUGACUUGAUUGCCAGCGAUGAUGAGAUCCUGCAGGCCUCAUCGGGUGGUAUUAAGAGGACAAAAUCUUUUUGGAAAUUUGGUGGAGGACGUAAUGAAGAUAUUUUGGCUGGCAUGUCAUUGUGGCAACAUCGCGAUCUGGUGGCCACACCCAAUGUCGAUGAGUUACGGGAUGAGGGUUAUCGCACUACCAGCAGUAAAAUGGAAAGUGAAAAGGAAAUGGAACACGCCGAUACAAAUACGAACACCAACACCUUGACCACCAAGAGCAAUUCGAACCACUCUAAUGCCUCUUCGCAGGAGAAGAAUGGCACAGGACGUGUACGCAAAGAGAGCAUCACCAGCAUGGAAAUGUACGAUGAUGAUGAGAAUAUUUAUGGUCUGACGCCAAUGGUAAGGGAGCCGAUGUUAAAUCGCAGUGUGGUGAAUAAUAAUUUCACCCCCAAGUCGCGAAUGAAAAUUAUGAAGACGAUAGAGAUCGAUAUUGAAAAUCCUGGUGAGAAUGAGCGGUUGAGUACUAUCAAGAGAAAUCAAAAGGAAUAUCGGGAAUCGAUGAACAAUCGUCAAUCGAUGAAUGAAUCGGCCUCAAAGCAGAAACAACAAAACACCAUGAAUAAUCAUCGCAACUCUGCGGGAGCGGGUGGGGCCAACGGCAAGAACAAAUCCGCAGGCAAUGCCGCCAACCAACAACAAAAUAAAGGGAAUUCCGCAAAUCAAAAUCGCCAGAAUCAACAGCAUCAGCAGCAGCAGGAUAUGUUCCAUUCCACAGAGAGCGAGGCUGGGGAAAGUGAACUCGACAAUGGCACCCUGAAAAUGUCCGAUGUAAAUAAUUUCUUCGACAAUAAUGGCAAUGCCAUGGGGGUAGGUAUGGGUGGCGGAGGUGGGAUCAUCAUGAAAACCGUAAAGCGUAAGGAUAUUCUCAAGCAGUACUACACCAGUGAAGACGACUCCGAUGAUCCCGAGAUAAAAUCUACCAGUUCCGAUCCCUAUGAUUGCAUUGUCAUCAACGACCACUUGGUGCGUCGUGAUGAAAAACAGCGACGAGCCAUGCAUGCUGCCCUGCAGCAGGAACAUCAAAUGGAAUUCCAGACAUUCAGAGCCACCACGACAACCGCAGCCACCACUGCCGCGGGUAACAGGGAAAUGUCCUCCUCAAAUAAUGGCACUUCGAAAAAGAAAUCCGAACGCUCCUCCAAUCAUCAUGGCGAAAGGGGGGAACAACGCCAAUCCACAAAACAAUAUCACGAUAAUGGUCAACAGGAUCAACAGAUGCGUCAAUAUGAUGACAGUACCCUGAGACGCCAUCAAUCCCAGUCGGCCCUAUCCACACCCACUGCCACGAUUUUGCCACGCACCCGUCUAAUGAAAUCAUCGAAUAUGUCCAGCAGCAUGACAUUGGAACGUAACUCGGCGAGUAACUCCGCCCAAAAGGCAAUGCUACACCAGAGUGAAAGAUCGGCGGGAGCGAAUGGUAAUGUGGGAGGUGGUGGUCCCAGUGCUGCCGAUAAACAUUAUGGCAAAACCUAUGGACCGUGGUAUGAUUUCUGGGAUCAACCGGAACAGAGUGUGAAAUCAAAUAAAAUGAAGUAG